CACACCAACAAUAACACUCCAAUUCGGACCCACCCGAAUCAAAUGAAACCCUACCGGAGAACUUAAGUAUUAAUUUACUCACGCUUUCUCCGUGAAGUCAUCAUAAAAUUUUCUAUUUUUAGAAUCCCCAAAAGAUAUCUCUCUCUACUUGUCUCAUUUCAACGCCGUUUCAAAAUCCUUUGAAACUGCGUUGCUCAAUUUCAUGACUUGAUCAAAAGAGAGUGUUAGCAAUGUCUGUGAAUGAUAGAGAGGACUCAUCUAAUGGGCAGCUUCUGAGAGACAUUAAGGAGGUAAGUAAAGCUCUUUACUUGAACAAGGGACCUGAAAGAUCGGUUCUUUCUCCUGUUCGAUCUAAAUCUGUUUCCAGAACUACGGAGAUUGGGUUAGUGUCGUCUAAUAAGAAGAAGAAAUCGAUGGUACCUUGGGAUUGGAAGAGACCAUUGAAAGCUAUAGCUCAUUUUGGGCAGCGUAGGUUUGAUGUUUGCUUUCUUCUACAUGUUCAUUCCGUUGAAGGGCUGCCUUUGAAUAUGGAUGGUACUAAGUUAGUUGUGCAGUGGAAAAGGAAGGAUGAGGUUAUUAUGUCUACUCAAUCUUCCAAGGUUUUGCAAGGAACUUCUGAGUUUGAAGAGACUUUAAUGCAUAGAUGUUCAGUGUACGGUAGCAAACAUGGGCCGCAUCGUUCUGCAAAGUAUCAAGUGAAGCUUUUCUUGGUUUAUGUCUCUCCUGUUGAUGCUCCAUGGAUUGUUCUAGGGAAGCAUUGGGUUGAUCUCACCAGGAUAUUACCGUUGUCUUUGGAGGAACUGGAAGGUACAAGAAAGUCGAGAAAGUGGAAUACGAGCUUUAAGCUAUCAGGCUUGGCAGAGUCUGCAGUGUUGAAUCUUAGUUUUGAUUACUCGGUUGUUACUAGUUCAGUCUGUGAUUCAACUAGUGGAAAUGCGAUGCUGAAGCGGGUUGGUAGUGUUCCAAGUAUGGAUCAUAGAUCUUCGCCGCAUGAUGAUGGAAAGGUCUUCAAUCAAGUCUCACCAAGUCUGAGUCUGGAUCUUUCCGAGUCAAUAGAUUUACUCUAUGAAAAAUUUGGCGAACAAAACCCACAAAGAUCAACAAUCCAGUAUGAACAUAGGGGGGAAACUGAGGCAGACAUAGAUUUGGAGACUGAUACGCAAGUAAAGGACACUGAUUUUACUCUUACUGACCAAGGAGUAGAGAUGUUUCAGCAAGAAACAAGCAGGCUGGAAGAAACCACUGAUCCAAAUAUGGAGUCCUCAGGAAUUGAAAUUAUUGAUAUCCGUGAGAUACUUAAAGAUGAAGAUGAAUCCUGUUUUGAGGAAUCCCCUUCUAUUGAUCAGUUGUCAGUUGCCGAAUUAAAAAGUGGUCCACGUAAUGUAUUGUCGAAACAUUCUUUCGAUGAAGCACCCAAGUCAGCUUCCAGUAGCCAGGUAACUUGUGAGUCAUUCAAGAUUAAAUCUUCAACGGGCAUGGAAGAUUCUACUGAGAAUAAUCUUUUUUUGGAAGUUAAAUCUAGUUAUAAGGCUGCAAAAAUAUCAACGAAGUCCCUUAGCUUGGAUGACAUUACUGAGUCUGUAGCUAAUGAUUUUCUAAAAAUGCUUGAACUUGAGGAAUGUUCUUAUGUUUAUACCACAGAUAGUGAACCUACAUCUCCUCGUGGAUCUCUGCUUCGACAGUUUGAGAAGGAAGCUUUGGCUUCUGGAAACUUUCUCUUAAAUUUAGAUGGAGAAGCAGAAUAUGAGUCUGAUAUUGAUGAGGAAUCAAAUGAUUUCUCGUUCCCCGCAGCUUUUGUUGUUGGGGAAAACAAGCGUGAGGGAAAAUCGCAGCUGUUAAUAGACAGAAGUAAGGCCAAGGUACUUGAAGACUUGAAAACCGAAACUUUAUUGCGAGACUGGGAUUUAGAUGAUGACAAGUCUGAGAACUCUUUAGGUGUUUGCUCUGAUGGAUUCGGGAGUCCAAUAGAGCUUCCGGAUGACGAGGGAUUAGGUUUUCUGCCACUUGGAGAUAACAUUGGUCCUUCUGCUUGGAAAAAAGGGGGAGGUAGUAUCCGGUCCAUGAAUCCUUUACUGUUCAGAAAGUGUAAGGAUAAUGAAUCACAUCUGAUCAUGCAAGUUUCAGUCCCUCUGGUGUUAGUAUCAGACUUAGGUUCAGAUAUCCUUGAAAUACUCCAAAGUCUAGCGGCUUCUGGAAUUGAAGGACUUUGCUCUGAAGUUAAUGCAUUAAUGCCUUUGGAAGAUAUUAUGGGGAAGACGAUACAUGAAAUUGUCGAUGAUGCAAGAAUUGAGAGAAUCGGACAUGAGUGCUCUGACAAGAGUAAAGGUGCCGUGGUUAAGAAAUUAUCAGGGCAGCUGGAUUUGAUUCCUUCAAACGAAGAAUCUGGAGGCGUUGGAUCCAAUAUUUGUCCAAGUUAUGUACCACUUGAAGAUAUCACUUCCUUAGCUAUUGAUGGGAUAUACCUUCUCGCGGUAGAAGGAUUAAAGAUUCAAUGCAGCAUGUCAGACCAAGAUCCACCGUCAGGCAUUGCACCAAAACCCAUGGAUCAGUCUGAUGCUCUAGAGUUGAUGAGUUUUUCCUCAACGUUGGAUGAGUGGUUAAGGCUUGACCAUGGAAUGCUUGACACCAAUGAAAAAACCAGUGAGCAAAUGAGAAAUAAAAUAUUAGUGCACCAUGCCAAUCAAGAUCAAGCUUUUCGUGAAAAGGGUCACACCUUAAGGAACAAGUUGACACUUGCUCUUCAAGUGUUACUUAGAGAUCCAUUUCGAAAUAAUGAACCUGUUGGUGCAUCUAUGCUUGCUCUGAUUCAAGUUGAAAGGUCACUGGAUUCCUCAAAUCCAUCUGUGUGUAGUUUGGCUCAAGAAGUAGGAAAUAUGGAAUCUGUUGGAUAUGAUUUGCAGUUGUGGAGAAUCACUAACAUUGGUCUUGCGGGUUUGAAAACUGAGCCUGGUGUAGACCAUCCGUGGUGUACGAAAACACAGCAACAGGCUGGAUUCCGCUGGUUAAUUGCCAGUGGUACUGAUAAAAUCAUCAAGUGUCAAGCUUUAGAGUCAAAGGCGAUCAUCGUAUCAAACCCACAAGCAACAAGUAAGGGCUUGGACACAUUGUGGAGUAUAACGUAUGAUGGGUACCAUCAAGAAGGUGAUUUGAGUAGCUCUGAUGGCUCUGUUCCUUUUACAAGAAACUCGGACGUGAUAAUUUCAAAUGAAAUAACAGAAAGAUUGUGAUAGUUACAUUUCCACACUUUCUGCUUAAGAGCUAGUCAUUUUGAUGUGAAAGCCGUCUUGUUCAUGAUGGAUAAUGAUUUGCCACUGCUCUUUUUCUAGUUAAAAAAAGUAGAUUCAGAUAUCAUCAGUUUAUCAACGUGUAUGAGAAUUCUUUUUGGUAAAUAUAUACUCACAUCAGCGAA